UUUUAGUUUCGAUUCCACACUACAGCCAUGAGAACUUGGUGGAAAUUUCCUGGGCUGCUUCUCCUCUUGACCCUUCAGAGUGCUCCCUCGCAGGGGAUGAGGCUGCGAGGAGAGCCACUUCCGGGUUUGACGAAUGUCAACAGGCAUCGCAACGGUCAGGAGGUGACCACUAACCCACAGGGACGCAUCGCUGGCGGCAGUACAGCCUCCGAGGGCAGCUGGCCCUGGAUUGCAUCCAUCCAGAAUGUGUACUCCUAUCACCUAUGCGGUGCAACCAUUAUCACUGAACGCUGGGUGCUCACCGCCGCCAGUUGUGUGUCGGGUUUAAGGGCUCGCAACCUGCUGGUGGUCACCGGAACCAAUGACUGGUGGAGUCUCAGCGCCAGCUACUACCUAGUGGACCAGAUCCACGUACACUGCAACUUUGACAAGCCGCUGUACCAUAACGACAUUGCCCUGCUGCACUUGUCCGAGGACAUUGUCUACGACGAUGUGACCCAAAACAUCACCUUGGCGGACAUAGAUGAGCUGCAGGAGGGCGAGACGCUGACCUUUGCCGGCUGGGGCAGUCCCGAGGCCAUGGGCACCUACGAGCGGUAUCUGCAGGAAUCUUCCGGCGUUUAUGUGCCGGUGGAGGAAUGCAGUAAACUGUUGGACGACACUGAGGAUGUGGAUCUGGGACAUGUCUGCGUCCAGAUGCAGGCGGGCAAGGGUGCCUGUCAUGGUGACACUGGCGGACCGCUCAUCGAUAGCCAGCAGCGCCUGGUCGGACUUGGUAAUUGGGGCGUACCCUGCGGUCACGGUCAUCCGGAUGUGUAUGCGCGAACCGCCUUUUACCACGAUUGGAUCCGCACCACGAUGAACGGCUGUACAAUCGCCUAGACAUUGGCCACCUCUUAUCGGUGCACUGAGGGAAAAAUGUGAAUUUAUAAGAAAUUAGCACAUGAUUGAUUUCUUAAUAAGUACAUACAUCUUGAAGCUAUAUUAAACGUUGUUAUACACAUGA